GCCACACUUGCUCUGCUACCACUACAAUCUCGACAACAUAUAUCCUGCUACUCUACGAGAUACCUACCUAAACUUAAUGUCGCAAUCGAAGUACACCGCGGAUGGCAGGCGUACCGCUCGUUCUGAACUGGACGUAGAUUACGUCGUUGAAGCACAUAUACAAGCGUUCUCGCAAGCACUUCAAACGGAGGAUUUUGACCUUAAUGAUGAAGCUCCUAAUGUCACAAGUGCACCGAUGAGUCCCGGACCUCGCGUACGGAAGAUCUCUGCGCUCUCCGACUUCGCCCCAGUCAAUAUCAAGGUAAAGAGAAGGAGGAAACCGAGUCAGCCGGAAAACAAGCGGCAAGAAUGGCUGUACAUAAUCGUGCGAUGGCCGCUAUUGGGCCUCAUAUUCCUAUUCAUCGCGAUGGAGUUUGGUAUGUACAUCCUGAUUCGGCAAAUGGUCAACGCAAAGGAGUGGCUGUCCGCAUGGCGAGGCCGCAAAGGAGUAUUGAGACAACGCCUACGGAGUGCACAAACAUAUCAGGAAUGGAAAGAUGCCGCCCUCGUUCUAGACGAGUAUAUGCGCUUCGAUGAGUGGAAGCACGCAGACGAGGAUCCUUUCUAUGACUGGAGGCUGGUCAGGAAAGUCAGGAAGUCUUUGAAAGCCCUGCGAGAAAAGGGGGACGCGCGCGGACUUGUCGGAGUCCUUGAGACUUCUCUCCGUACGAACUUCGCUGGGGUGGAAUCAUCGAGGUUGUACAGUGAGACUUUCUAUGGGACGAAGGACCUCGUCGAAGACUACAUCAAUGAGGAGGCGAAGGCCCUAGAAUUCGUGCGCGAAUCUACGGACCUUUCAAACGACGAGAAGCGGCGUUUCUUCAAGGGUGUGAAUACGAAUCUAGGAACGUCUGCUCUUUGCCUGUCUGGUGGUGCUUCCUUCGGUUAUUACCACUUCGGCGUUGUGAAGGCCUUCUUGGACGCCGGACUGAUGCCUCGCGUCAUUUCGGGCACGUCUGCGGGAGGUGUCGUAGCGGCUAUGGCCUGCACACGCACAGAUGCAGAACUGAGACUUCUGCUCACUCCGGACUUGGCCAAACGUUUGACUGCAUUCGAACAGCCAUUUCAGGUUUGGUUCAAGAGGUUCUGGUCUACCGGCGCUAGGUUCGAUGCCGUCCACUGGGCAGAAAAGCUUUGCUUCUUCACGCGCGGUUCCAUGACAUUCCGGGAAGCGUAUUUGAGAACCGGGCGGAUACUGAAUAUCUCAGUGGUCCCAGCUGAUCGGCAUUCACCAACGAAGCUGUUGAACUACAUGACGGCGCCAGACACUGUCAUCUGGAGUGCUCUCUUGGCAUCCGCAGCGGUCCCCGGCAUCUUGAACCCUGUCGUUCUGAUGCAGAAGUUAAAGAAUGGUUCCAUUGUACCGUGGAACUGGGGAAGCAAGUUCAAGGACGGCUCACUGAGAGUUGACAUCCCUGUGCAAGCACUGAACCUGUACUUCAAUGUCACACAUCCGAUUGUGUCUCAAGUAAACCCUCACGUACAUUUGUUCUUCUUUGCUCCGCAAGGGUCUGCUGGCAAGCCGGUGGCGCAUCGGAAGAACAAGGGAUGGAGAGGGAACUUCCUGUUGUCGGCCGGGGAACAAUGGCUGAAACUCGAGCUCACGAAGAAUUUCAAGUUGAUUCGUGAUCUCGACUUGCUGCCACAACUUUUGGGGCAAGAUUGGUCCAGUGUCUUCCUGCAGCGCUUCGAAGGCAGUGUGACAAUUUGGCCACGGACGCGCUUCCAGGACUGGCUUCAUAUCCUUAGCGACCCUGAUGAGGCCGAGCUGGCCAGGAUGCUUCAUGUUGGACAGCUCGUUACAUGGCCGAAGUUGCACAUGAUUGAGAAUCGCUUCCGGCUCGAGCAGCAAAUAUUCCUUGGACGUCAGACCGUGCGCAAAGCCAUGCAGGCCCGCGGCCAAACAGCCCGCAAGGGCGAAGCAGCACCACAAGGACGCAUUCCCGAACCCAACACAGGCACGAAACUACCUGUUGUCGCCGGGACGCCAGUCGUUUCAACACUAUCGGAAGGACCCCUGCCCAUGGACACGGAUGCCGAGGCAGCCUAUCUGUCGCGCGCGCAGAGAGAAGAACAGCGAAACGCAGCGCCCGCGGCUGCUCCUGGCCCUUCGCAGGGCGCCGGAAGCUCAGAAGCGCGCCGCCCGUCUGGCAGACGCCGGCGUGUGCAGAGCGUGGCGGAGCAGGUUGAGAAGGAGGCAGCGAGGGAUGAGCAUCACGGCCGAGCGACGCCGGAUCCCCUCCUUCGCCGCAGCCCGGCGAUGUUCAGCAACAGCAGGCCUAUGCCCAGGCACGCCAGGCGUCGACGUCGCACGCGAGCCCGGUGGAGUUCCUACGCAGGCUGGGCCAGGGGUCGCCGUUCUCGACGUUCGCGUCGUUGAGGGGGAAGAAUAAGCUGCGGGCGACAGACUUUCCACAGGAGGCGGGCGGCGAGCCGGUGUACUCCGGGGAUUCCUCGUCGGAUGACGAUGAUCUGUCGAUCAUAUCGAGGCGGCAGCGACAUUCCUCUUCGUUCGACAUUCGGACUGACUUUGAGAGGAGAUACUCGCAAGUGGCAGCGAGGAUGGAGAGUACUGAUUAUUCACGUUCAUUAUCAGUCGCUGCUCAGCGAUGUCUAUUUCAUUGGAUGGGGGGGGGUUGUCUGUUACGGACUCAUUUGCAACUCGACGCCUCGAUAUACAUACGUGUGCACACAUCUGCUUGUGUUGUAGUGUAGAUUUGAAAGUGUAUAAUCGUAACACGGGUUUUGCAUGCUA